AUGCGCAUCUCUGUUGGUCUCUUCUCGCGCCAAACUCAGCGCCAUCGGAGACAGCUGAGCGGCUCGAACACCGGCCACUGGCAACGGUUAGGCAUGACCGGCCUUGGUCCUUCGGUCCAGGGCUCUCUUGCUUCUUGCUUGACAAUCGACUUGCUUAAACCAGGCCGGUGGUACUGCUGCAGUUUACGCUUUACUUUGACAAGUGAUCUGGCCUUUGGUCCCUUUUCUCGUUUUAUAUCCUUCCCUCAGAUUCAACCUGCAAAAGGGCUGUGCGAUUGGUUACGGGAAUCCAUCCUGACUUGCCUUCCUUCCUUUCACCGUUUCACUUUUGUACAUGCCUUCUCAACUCAAGCAUUGUAA